UGCAAAUUGUACAUUCCCCAACACUCCUCCGGGAAUGGUCCCCCCUCCACCUCCGCUGUGAUUCCCUCCCCCUUGCCUCCUCUGCGUGCCCCACACUCUCCCUCAACAUACGGGGCAGGGAGGCGCUUGCGGGAGAACCCAGGAUCCCAAACCCAGCCCCGAGAAAUGUGGAGCCUCUACCUCCUGCUGCCAGCCCUGUUCUGCCUGGUGGGAGGCUCCAUCCACAUCCCCCCGAAGCUCUUUGGGGAGGUGACCUCCCCUCUGUACCCCAAGCCUUACCCCAACAACUUCGAGGCAACCACGGUGAUCUCGGUUCCCCCGGGGCACAGGGUGAAGCUGGUCUUCUGGCAGUUUGAUGUGGAGCCCUCCGAAGGCUGUUUCUAUGACUAUGUCAAGAUCUCCGCUGAUAAGAAGAACCUGGGGAGGUUCUGCGGGCAGCUGGAUUCCCCACGGGGCAACCCCCCGGGAAAGAAGGAAUUUGUCUCCCAAGGGAACAAGAUGCUGCUGACCUUCCACACGGACUUCUCGAACGAAGAGAACGGCACCAUCAUGUUCUAUAAGGGCUUCCUGGCCUACUACCAGGCUGUGGACCUUGACGAAUGCGCAUCCCAGCGGGACUUCUCUGAGGACAACCCCCAGCCCCAGUGCCAGCACCUGUGCCACAACUACAUCGGCGGCUACUUCUGCUCCUGCCUCCCAGGCUACGAGCUGCAGAAGGACAAGCAUUCCUGCCGGGCUGAGUGCAGCAACAGGCUGUUCACGGAGCCGUCGGGCUUCAUCUCCAGCCUGGAGUACCCCCAGCCCUACCCCCCGGAUCUGCGCUGCAACUACAGCAUCCGGGUGGAGCGGGGCCUCACCCUGCACCUCAAGUUCCUGGAGCCUUUCGAAAUUGAUGACCACCAGCAAGUGCACUGUCCCUAUGACCAGCUACAGAUCUACGCCAGCGGGAAGAACCUGGGUGAGUUCUGUGGGACACAGAAGCCCCCCGACCUCGACACCAGGAGCAACGCUGUGGAUCUGCUGUUUUUCACGGACGAGUCGGGGGACAGCCGGGGCUGGAAGCUGCACUACACCACCGAGAUCAUCAAGUGCCCCCAGCCCAAGACGCUCGAUGAGUUCACCAUCAUCCAGGACCUGCAGCCUCAGUACCAGUUCCGUGACUACUUCAUUGUCAGCUGCAAGGAAGGCUACCAGCUCGUGGAGGGGAACAAGGCGCUGCCCUCCUUCACGGCUGUCUGCCAGGAUGACGGCACGUGGCAUCGCGCCAUGCCCAGGUGCAAGAUCAAAGACUGCGGGCAGCCCCGAAGCCUGCCCAACGGGGACUUCCAUUACACCACCGCCAAGGGAGUGAACACCUACCAAGCCGGGAUCCAGUACCACUGCCAUGAGCCAUAUUACAAGAUGCACACCAGAGCUGGCGUCAGUGAGUCCACACGAGGGAUGUACACCUGCACAGCCCAGGGCAUUUGGAAGAAUGAGCAGGAGGGAGAGAAGAUCCCUCGGUGUCUGCCAGUGUGUGGGAAGCCGGUGCACCCUGUGGAACAGAAGCAGCGCAUCAUCGGAGGGCAGAAGGCCAAGCUGGGCAACUUCCCGUGGCAGGCGCUCACCUCCAUCCACGGGCGGGGCGGGGGCGCUCUGCUGGGCGACCGCUGGAUCCUCACGGCCGCCCACACCCUCAACCCCAAGGGUCACAACGCCCAGAACAACGUCUCCCAGAAUGUAUUCCUGGGCCACACGAACGUGGAAGAGAUCAUGAAGCUGACCAACCACCCCGUGCGUAGGGUCAUCAUCCACCCAGACUACCGCCAGGACGAGGCCCACAAUUUUGAUGGGGACAUUGCCCUGCUGGAGCUGGAAAACAGUGUCACCCUGGGCCCCAACCUCCUCCCCAUCUGCCUCCCCGACAACGAGACCUUCUAUGACAAGGGGCUCAUGGGCUAUGUCAGUGGUUUUGGGAUCAUGGAGGAGAGGAUUGCCGAUGACCUCAGGUUUGUCCGCCUGCCCGUGGCCAAGCGGGAGGCCUGUGAGCGCUGGCUCCGGGAGAAAAAUAGGCCCGACGUGUUUUCUCAAAACAUGUUCUGUGCUGGGGACCCCAUGCUAAAGCAGGAUGCCUGUCAGGGGGACAGUGGCGGUGUCUUUGCGGUGAGGGACCCGCACAGUGAUCGCUGGGUGGCCACGGGCAUCGUAUCCUGGGGCAUUGGGUGCAGCAGGGGGUACGGCUUCUACACCAAAUUGCUCAACUACGUGGACUGGAUCAAGAAAGAGAUGGAGCAGAAGGACUGAGCCCAGGAUUCCCCCGGUCAGAACCCAGAGAGCAGUGUGUACAAGAGAAGGCGAUGUGACCAGCCAUUGAUAACCACUAAGUUGCCGUAUUAAAAUCACCGAUGCAUAAAGGCACUGAGUGCAAUGCAUCUCUUCCCUGUAGUCACACCUGUGUUCUUCACCUGAACUAACUCGGCAGCCUUUCUUUCCUCCAAGGCUUGCAGGGGAUGCAGCUAUCAACCUCUGAAUUAUCACUUUCCUCUUCCAUAUUUGCAAUGUUGUGUAACUGAAUAAAACCCUUUCCAAAUAAAAUUUUGUGAGAAAUUCCAGAA